AUGGCAAGAACAGGUCAUUCCACCAACACGACUUCCGGAAGACACAGGGCGCGUCAACCACAGUCGCAGAAGCUCACAGACAAGGAGAUUUUGGAGUUGAAGAACUACCUUCCUGAGUGGACUGCCGCCAAAAGGAGUGAGAAGAGGGGGAUUUUCACUGCCAUAGCAAGGGCAGCCAGGUUGUUUGCUCCUAAGGUGGACCAAAAACAAUGGAAAAAGAGGAAGCAGGUGUACAAGACUUGGUUGUUCAACAACAAGAAAAAGAAGGAAAGGAAGGACACCAUCAAGUAUGGGAGGAAAUGGACGCCCAGGAUGGUGGUCUACCAGCAGAAACGCGAAGAGGUGCUGAAGAGGAUUGAGGACGAGUCGGGGGUAAAGCCCGGAGAUCCUGGUAUGUUCAAACAUUAUCAGGUGGCGGUGAAGAGAGUCAUGGCUGAAUUGGACGACAACGAGUUGGAGAAGGCGAAAGAAACAGCGGAAGAGUGGUCCAACAACUGUCCGCCUCUGGAGAUACAAGCACAAGUCGCCCGUAAGAAGGGUCCGGCAUAUAUGGAGCACUUUUCGAACGAGAUGUGGAGGCAAUGUGGGAUGAGAGUUUUUGUGAUGUCGGCUUGGAAGAAUGAAAAGGGAGAGGUGCUGUUCGGGAUGCAUGAUGAUAACGAGGCCUUAGGAGACGGGGACAGCUUCAUGAAGACAAAGGACUGGGAGGACAUUGAGCCAGUGUGGCAGGAGUAUGCGCAGGAACAGUUCGGUGCCGGGGCACGGGAUGGAGGACGUCAGGUCAAGGGAGGUCGAAAAAGAAUUCAAAAACCAGCUUUCAAACUAGAAAUGGAUGGGGAGGGUAUGCCACUCCUUCCCGACAUCACCGACACGAAACUUGAGGAGAAGAAGGCCAUAGUGAGGGCCUUUCUUACAUCGCACUAUCGGAUAUGUUCCGGGAAGGACAAGGCGGUCGUACCAUGGAGUGCCAUUGUACAAAGUCAGGAUGACUUCGUGGCCCGGACAUAUCUUCCGGCAGAUCAUGCUCAGCAGGAAACAGGAGAAGGUCCCACAUUUCUGUUCAAAGCAUGGAAGAACAAAGAUGGGGACAUGGUACCAUCUGUCAUAUCUGGCAAGUCGCCCUCUCCUCAGACUAGUAUAGUGAGAAAGCAGCAGAGGGUUACUAUCCGAGGGCCUCGGGAUUCGUCGACAGAAGCUGAGAGUGAUAAGGAGAGUGCCACUAAUCAUACGGAGGAUGAUGUGGAUGAUGACCUGGCUGACGGGAGACAUCCGCUGAAGAAACCCAGGACGGGAGGUCCUACACCAAAAGGGACGGCAGUCCCACGUGCAAUUCCAAAGCCUCGCCUGGCCAAGCCGGCCAAAAAAGGUGCAUUACUGACAUCAAGAAUGGGCAACCUCCUUGCUGGGUUAACUGAAGACGCGACCAGCGAAGUUAGAGAGGAUGUUGAAAUGGAAGAGAGUAUCACGCCGCCGGCACAGAAAAGGGGGCGGGGCAAGAAAGUCACAGUUGAACCAUCCACGAGGACGACCCGGAGUAAGUUGCAAAUGCCAGUAGACAGUACACCUAGAGUAACCAGAGCACAGGGACGCACUUAA